AACGCCGCCCGCGUUGCGCCAUUUUGAAAGUGUAAAGCUGGAGGAGGCAGAGAGAGGCGAGGGAAAGCUCAAAGUAGAGUGCAAAGUCUACAAAACCAGCCCCGAGGACUGCAGCUGACUUUACCACCACUGAAAAAUUGUUCCGCGGCGUCUGGAGCAGCGCAGACUGAGAACUUCGGCGCACCGUGUCCGGAGUUUGGAGCAGCACUCCCCGCCUCAUUCCUCCACUGUUCCUCGGUCAGAACCUCCCAGCCGACCCGGGUCAGCUCCGCUCCAGUCCGGGCCCCAGCCCGCUACACACAUCCCUGUCUGAGCCGCUCACCAUGGCAGGCUCCGGAGGUGGGAGCGGUGACAUGCAGUGGUGCUUCUCCCAAGUGAAAGGGGCGAUAGACGACGAUGUCGCUGAAGCGGACAUCAUAUCUACUGUUGAGUUCAAUCACUCUGGGGAGCUUCUCGCCACCGGGGAUAAGGGAGGCCGUGUUGUCAUUUUUCAGCAGGAGCCAGAGAGUAAGAGUCAGCCUCUGUGCCGAGGCGAGUACAAUGUUUACAGCACCUUCCAGAGUCACGAGCCGGAGUUUGACUACCUAAAAAGUCUGGAGAUCGAGGAGAAGAUCAACAAGAUACGGUGGCUGCCUCAGAAGAACGCGGCACAUUUCCUUUUGUCUACAAACGACAAAACAAUAAAGUUAUGGAAAAUAAGCGAGCGUGACAAGAGACCAGAAGGUUAUAAUUUAAAAGAAGAGGACGGACGAUACAGAGAUCCAAAUUCAGUCACAUCAUUACGGGUACCAGUACUCAUGCCCAUGGACUUGAUGGUGGAAGCCAGCCCUCGGCGCGUGUUUGCGAAUGCUCAUACCUACCACAUCAACUCCAUCUCCGUCAACAGCGACCACGAGACGUACCUGUCUGCAGAUGACCUGCGCAUUAACCUCUGGCAUCUGGAGAUCACGGAUCGCAGCUUCAACAUUGUUGACAUUAAACCAGCCAACAUGGAGGAGUUGACAGAGGUGAUAACGGCUGCCGAGUUCCACCCGAACCAGUGCAACACUUUUGUGUACAGCAGCAGCAAGGGCACCAUCCGUUUGUGCGACAUGAGAGCGUCGGCGCUGUGCGACCAGCACGCCAAAUUGUUUGAAGAGCCAGAGGAUCCAAACAAUCGUUCGUUCUUCUCUGAAAUCAUCUCAUCCAUUUCUGACGUGAAGUUCAGCCACAGCGGGCGCUACAUGAUGACCCGCGACUACUUGUCCGUCAAGAUUUGGGAUCUCAACAUGGAGACUCGACCGGUGGAGACGUAUCAGGUGCAUGAAUAUCUCAGGAGUAAAUUGUGUUCGCUUUAUGAGAACGACUGCAUUUUCGACAAGUUUGAGUGCUGCUGGAACGGGAACGACAGCGUCGUGAUGACCGGCUCCUACAACAACUUCUUCAGGAUGUUCGACCGGGGCUACCGGCAGGACGUCACCCUGGAGGCGUCGCGGGAGAACAGCAAGCCGCGCUCGGUCCUGAAGCCUCGCAAAGUAAGCACGGGUGGGAAGCGCAAAAAGGACGAGAUCAGUGUAGACAGUUUGGACUUUAACAAGAAGAUCCUCCACACCGCCUGGCACCCUCUGGACAACAUCAUCGCUGUGGCCACCACCAACAAUCUGUACAUCUUUCAGGAAAAUCUUAACUAGAGUCUGCUGAAGCGCUCAGUGUGGUUCAGCCCCAACUGCUCUGAUAUUAAAGCUGUCUGUUUUUUUAAGGAGUUCUUGAGGGAGUCUGCUCUCAGUUGGGGGAAACGGAACAUCCAGACAGACGGCCGUGAGACGGUUUUCUGUCUUCUGUAUUUCAGGGUUUUUCAGAUCUGAGUUUAGUCUCAGUGGCUUCCUGUUUUAAACCGAGCGACAUUAAAGCUCCACUACAUCCCCAACCCGAAGGGAAAGUGUGUUUCACACACACAUCUGGCUCCGUUUUUAUUUUGUGCCAUCUUGAUUGGUUCGUUUGUCAUAGAUACCAUUUGUCAGACUGAGUAGAAACCACAUUUCACAAGUUCGAAUAGGAAAUUCUUCUCUUUUUUUUUUUGUCUUCCACUCCGUUCUUUUUUUAUACUGGCCUGAAAUGACACUGCAAACACACACACACACACACGCACACUCCAUGUUCACCUAAUAUUUGUCAAGUUGCCAACUUCAUGUGUCUGUUCUUUGCUCUCGUUCAGUUCGGUUCUGUGGUUUUCAGGAUCAAUUCGCUAAACUCACAGAAAACAAUUGGCUUCACUCACAUCGCUGCUAACCUUUCUCCACACUAUAGGCGCAUCUCCAAAACACAAUAUUCUCGAAAAAGAUCAUUGUUUUCUCAGUUAUACCAGAGAGUUUUAAGGUUUUUAUUUUUUUUUAUAUUGUAAUUUUGGCCUCUAAAACGGGUAAAAACAUCAAAUACUGAAUAUUUUGGUUUUCAAGACAACAAUUAUAAAGAUGAUACUGAAAAGGCUCUAUAAAUAAAUCUAAAAUAUUAAGGUUUAAAUUUGAAGUGAAAUUAUAAUGUGAAUGAACUUUAUUUAAUUUUUUGAGAUGCACCGGUAUUCGCAUGUUUUUAACCUUAACGCCGACGCUUUUUUAUGACUUUGGGCUUUGGUUUUGUCAAAGUAAUAAAGCUGUGCGACACUUGCAAAGCUCAUCAUUUUAGUGUUUAAUUUUAAGAAGCACUGACGUGUUAAACAGUCCGUGUCGUUUUACACCUCGUAUUACGACUUUUUUCAAGAUUGUGAACGAAGCCAUUUUAUUUAGAUUUAUUUACAAGUCAAUAUUUUCUAAAAUAUCAAAUAUUCUAUAUUUUGUUGAAGUUUUUUUUUUAUGGAAAUCUUAAAUUAUUACUUCUGCAAUUUGUUUCAGAGGGUGAGGAAGUUAGCUAAAAUCUUAAUUUAAAUUUUUUUUGAAUGCUAUGCGUCUACUUGGUUUCUGAAGUGAGUGAAACAGUUCCAGCUUUGAGAUCCUUGAUUCCUCUAUCCCAAAUCUUUUUUUUUUUUUUUUUUUUUUUCAAAUUGUGUUUUGAAAUAGCUACAUUUUGGGGGGAAAUAUGGUAGUAAUGUGCAAGUAAGUUCUAGUUACUGGUGAGAGACAAUAAAAACCAAGAGUUCAGUCCUUGUAAUAUUGAUCAAACACACAUUCGUCAGGUAUUUGUGGUUCUUUGGGAGUUUAAUGGCGGGUAAUCAUGCCAAAGUAACCAGUCCUAAACACUUGACGGGAUGUGCGUUCAAAGCCGUCUUGAGGUGCACAACAGUAAGAAGCUCAGGACUAAAGCGUCUGUAGGGAAGAGGAAAUGAUGGCUGCUGCAGCCGGAUUCUCGCUCGCUGUGUGGCCCUCGACACGUGCAGUGCUUCCUCCACGCAAAGCCUCUCGUGUCGAUCGCUUUACCCUUUGGCUGUUUUCUGUUCGUUUUGUUGUUUUUUUUAAUAUGAUGUUUUGUACUUUACAUGAUAAAAGAAGAAAGAUCACUAUAGCUGAUUUAUUUUUGUAUAAAUUAAGGCAAUAGGAUUACAGUCUGAUCACUGUAGUUUCUGUAGCUGUUGCUCUCAGACUGAUCAGGAGUGGAAGGUUGCUUGAGUGUCAAACUACGACUUUGGGACUUUUUUUUUUUUUUUUUUUUUUUUUUUUCCUGACAUUGAGACAGUGAAUCAUAUCUCAUGUGGGAUAUCCAAAGAAAAGUAUUUUCAACUGUGUCGAGAUGAGCACUGUAACUGUAAUAGCCUUCUUUUUAAUUUGACCGGUUGUAACACAUGACAUGCACAACUUAACGUACUCUGAUACAUCGGAAUAAGCCUGGUUUCUUUUGGAUACUUCUGUUUCUGUGCCAUAUUUUACGUUUUGGUUCGCUGUGAAUGAAUCUGUCCAUGUUGGACGGAUAUUUUAACCACCUUUAUGUUAUUAAAGUUGUCGAAUCCUCGUUCUCUGAGACGAGUCGAAGCAGAGCGAGUUUUGAGUUCUGGAAUGUUCUCUCCUGUGAUCCAUGUGUAGCUCUCCUGUACAGACUUAAAUAAGGAAAAACUACUUUGUUUUUUGUUUUGUUUUGUUUUUGUUUUUUUUAGAAGAUUGGCUGUAUUGACGCAUUUAUUACUGAUCAUGUCACACUUGAGGGAAAAACUUGGACUUUUUAUUUUUUUAAAGCUGAUUUCGAAGACUGACUGACUCAAGUGUCACUUUUUUUUUUUAAAUCACUUGCUAAUUGAAGGAGCAGACUCAUUUUAAAAUACAUUUGAACUGAUAUUGACUGAAAUUACUCCAAAAUAUAGAGAGAGUUUCAAUGUGAAAACAACUGAAUGCAUGCAUGUUUGUUUAGGAUUCACUGUAUUUCUUUUUUUUUUUUUUUCUUUUUCAUGAAAAAUUGUGGCUUGAUCACAGUUUCACCUUAAGAUUUAAAUUUUGUGAUUAAAGCUGGUUUAUUGACUGUGAGAUUCAACUCUUCGGCGCUAGAUCGCCACUCGUCCUGAAUUUAAAACUAGCAACGCUCUGGAAGUAAAAUAUUUUCCAAUAUUCAGUUUAGCCUGUUUAAAUUGCAUAUGGACAUUCAGGUUACUAUAGAAUAAACAUCAGGUGAACCGUUUGUUUUUCAGUUAAUUUUUUUAAACAGCUCUAUUAAACUUGAAUAAAAGUGAAACAAUGCACAGAUUUCUCCUGCUUUUUGAAGUCAAUGUAAUUACAAAUACACAUGACAAAACUCAUCCUUUACAUUUCGGAUAACAUGAGAAAAUCAGUUUGUGGUGCUGUAGUUAAAUACUGUGCUUUUCCAAGCACAAAAUAUUCUUUAUGGGUUUACACACAGAGACAGAAAAAUCACAUUUUCCCCUUAAAACCCAAGUCAUACUUUAUUUAGGGGAAAAUAUUGAAUUUAAUUGUAAUUUGAUUGCUUUUCUGAAUUUAUAUUCAAUUUAAAGCUACUUUCCAAAUCAAGUCAGACUACAUCAUUAAAAACAUUUUAUUUACAAUAAUUCUCUUUCAAACUAGUUGAUUUUGAAAUUCUAUUAUUCAAAUCCAGUUUGGCUAAUUAAAAUGGUUCUGGUCGCUCAUUUUUCAAGCUGGUCCCGUCCUGGGGUAAGAAAGUUUUAACUUCAUCUGGAAUAAGGGUUGUAAAGAACUGGCUUAAGAUACGAUUACUUUUUUUAUAAAUGAAAAAUGCUGCUGACUUUGCAGGAUGAGGAGUUUCAUAUAAAUAAUGAAAAAUCUUUGGUUGGUUACAGCUAAUCAUUCACUCUGACUCGUCUCAAAUCCAUCUUUGGAUUUUCCAUACGAUGCCACCAAAAUAGGUAUUCAUGUCCAAACUUCAGCUAUUGCUGCGUGUUUGUCUCUCAGGUCUUAUGUUAUAAUCUAUAAUUUCCCUCCCUUGUAAAAAUGACCUUUACUAACUGAUACAAAUCAGCGUGGCAGUCAAUAAUGUCACAUUUGUCUUUUCUUUUCUUUCCAGUCAAACAUUCAAACAAGCUCAAUUCAACAAGGAGAAACAUCCUUGUUCAACCAUUUUGUUAAAGGAAAAAUUUGCUCAGUGUAAAUGAUAAAACUGCACUUUGGCGAAAAUGUAUUAAGAUAUUUUUCAGAGAAAAAAAGGCUAACCAGUUAUCCCCUUCCUGUCUCAUACAGUAGCUACUGCACCAGACUGUAAACGGCCAACAUGAUCAGAGGAACCCUGCUGCCUUUCUUAUAGCGUGAAACAGAGAUGGGAUAAUCAAGUGUGUUUCUUGUUUGUGGUGUACCAGGCAGGAGACUGCUCAGGGGAAUUUACUGCUGCUCUGUGAUCAAAACCUUUUCAGGACUCAAGCAACAACUGCCUUAUUUACAGGAAGAUCGUAGUCUGUUUGAAAAACCUUCAAGUCUCAGUCAAGGCUUUUCAAUCUGAUCCAGUCUCCACAAACACAGAAUCUCAAAGAAUCAGAUUAAAAUGGAGUUAUAACCAAAAUGCACUUUUAUUUUUGUGAAUUGCAUUAAUUUGUAUGUUUUUUGUUUCUUUCAGUGAGCUCUUGAAUAAAGAUUGUAGCAGUUUUGUUGAGUUUGGGGGAGUCUAUGUUUGUGUCAAAUGGAAUAAAAUACAGUUUAGAUUAAAUGUAAUAAAGAAUUUUCAAUCUGAAUUCAUAUUGAAACUGUUUUAUUUUGUUUGGAUGGUACAUAAAACGGUCAGAUAUGUAUACUUUUGGCAAAUACAAGGUUUGAUAUUUUAAAUUUUUCUUGAAAGAGAAAAACUACUCUUUUUAUUACUAGUGGGGUGGAACAGUGGAUAACACUCAUGCCUCAUAGCAGGGAAAAAAACAGCUCGAGUUUAGGAAAUUUCUGUGCGUUUUGCGUGUUCUUCAUGUUCAUGCAUUGGUAUUCUCCAAAUACUAGAGUUUUGAGAUUAAUUUGAUGCUGCCGGCCAGGCUGCAUGUGCAUGAUGGUCUCUGUCCAGGAGGAACCCUGUCAUCUCAUAGACAGCUGGGAUCCAAUAACAUAUGUCUGCAGUGCCGUAAAGGAGUGAUAAUGUGUCUGACCGCACGAUAUCGAGUGGUCAUGUGAUGAUCUGAGAGAGUAUUGAGAAAACAAUUAGCCAUAAAUACAAACACAAAAGUAGAUUAUGUUAAUAUCGGUAGCUUAUGGUGCUCCAGCUGUGACCCUGUGGGUUUGCCUCUGGGGCAGUUACCAUUGACAUACAGAUGCUUAAUGUGUGGUUGAGUGUUUGGAAACAUUUCUGUCAUUUGCAGUAUGUUAAUAUAACGAUAGAUUUCUGAUAUAUUAUGGUGUCCUAAUAAGCAACAUGCAACAUUCUUGUGGCUCAAAAUCUCACUUUACCGUGAGAACAUGUUUGUUGGAGUCCCAGCUCAGAGCCUGUGCAUGUGUUGGUUCUUUCUUUAGACACUUCCUUCUGUAAUUUAAAGAGAUAAAUGUGAAGCUGCAAUUUGGUCUGUUUAAGUUGUCAGUGAGUGCGAUUGUGCAUCUGUGUGUUAUGAUGAAAAGCUUUUUAUACUAUUUAAUCCAGGUAGGCAGGCAGCUACACACAUUACCUGAGGGAAAUCAAGAUUCAUCAAUCAACAUUAAGUGCAUUUUUUGGACUGAGCAGAAAACCAGAAGGCAUUGUGAAAAAGUGAUGUUACAACAACUAUAUUGUACUAAUCUGCAAGUUGAGGAACUGGUGUUAAAAAAGUGUUUUCUGUACAAGUACAAAUUAUUCUUAUUCCAAGCUUUAGGGUAGAAUGGGGAAUAUCAAUUAAUUAAAUCCAAUAUAUGCUGUGGCCCACAAGGGCCAACGCUACAACACAGCAGCAAAAACCGGGGGACAAUAUUUUCUGACGGACUAUAUUGAUUUCAGAAGGGUUUCAUGAAAUUUAAGUAAAACGCUGAUUCUCGAUGGUUGUGAUUGUGGUUAUGUGUUUUUAGAAAUCUGUUUGUCACAUGUUGGAAUUGCCAUAGUUUUAUGUCUGUGCUCUCCCAUCCAUUGUUUUGUUUUCCUGUUCCAUUGUUGUUUCCGUCAGAAAAUAUUGUCCCCCAGAAAUAAAGCCUUCUGUGUUUGGGAUUUCGGUGAUGUGUUGGAUGAACAAUAUACAUUCAAAGAACGUUAACAAAAAGAGAAAUUUACAAAGGAUUAAUCUACUUUAUGAAAUAUGAAUGUAUCUGUAUUUUUUUAUUUUUUUUUUUUAUUUUUUGUUUUCAUUAAAAAAAAAAAGUUGUCAGAACGAUUUAUAGUUUGAGAAGAAGCCAAAUAAAUGUGU